CCCCCCUGCCGACGUACGACGCCGGCCUCUCACUCAGAGCUCCCGCCGCGGCCGGCCGGAGGGACGUCGUCGAUAUCAAUCCCUAGCUCGCUAGCUGCGCAUACGUCGUACGCACGUACCUAGCUUAACAACAAUCACGCCAUGGGGAAGCGCAGCGCCCCCCGCUACCCCGAGGACGAGAACAAAGGCGGCGGCGUGUGCUGCUGCUUGUGCGGCUGCUGCUGCUUCCUCUUAGUCCUCCUUGCAUUAUUGGCCGGCGCGGCGGCCUACCUCUUCUACACCAUGAAGCCCAAGCCGCCGUCCUACUCCGUGAGCAAGAUGGCCGUCUCCAAGUUCGACUUCAGCUCCUCCGACCUCACGCUCUACACUAAGCUCGUCGCCACCGUCCGCGCCGAGAACCCCAACGACAAGAUCGGCAUCAAGUACGCGGACGGCUCCCACACCGUCGUCUCCUACCGCGGCACGCCGCUGUGCUCCGGCAAGCUCCCCACCUUCUUCCAGGGCCACAACAACGUCACCAUGCUGGAGAUCUCCAUGGAGGGGCGCCACGGGUUCGGGUCCGGCCUGCAGGAGGCGCUCGAGGAGAGCGAGAAGGCCGGCAACGUGCCGCUCGACGUGUACGUCACCGUGCCGGUGCAGCUGCAGCUGGAUACCUACGACCUGCAUCAGAUCAAGGUGAACGUGCACGCGGCUCUCGUCGUCGACAGCAUAUCGCCCAAGAAGCCGCCUACCAUCAAGUCGGCCACUUACCAGGGCAACGUAGAGUUCUGAUGUGGUACUCAAUUACCGGAGGGCUGGGUUAAUCGACUACUCAUGCAGGGAUUAACCUUUUGCUCUUCGACA